AUGUCCUGCAAUAAUUUUAACGAGAUGAACGAACUAAAUAUCGCUCAAACGAAUCGUGGCAACACCAAAUAUACCGCUCAGCAUCACCAGGGUGUAGUCAAUGCCAUCGUCUCUUCGCUUACAGCUCCAGAUCAACCUACCACUGUGUCAUUGCAAUACUCGAACGACAAGAACAUGGCCACGGAAAUACAAGCUUAUGCCAAACUAUCCGGACCCAACUGGACCUAUUAUGUGAAAGAUUUGGAAGUUUCCAUUGGAAGAAACACUGAUCCCUUGAACAACCCACUCACGGAAAACACAGAUGGUGUGAAGAGCUCAUAUCGAGUAAACAUUGAUCUCGGACCUGCAAAAGUCGUCUCUAGAAAGCAUGCCAUAAUAAAAUAUAAUAUGAAUAUAGGUGGUUGGGAACUACACAUUUUAGGUCGUAACGGCGCCAAAGUAAACUUUCAAAGGGCUCAUAAUGGCCCCAGUAAUCCUCCCAUUCGAUUAUCUUCGGGAACUUUGUUAGAUAUAGGCGGGACACAGAUGAUGUUCAUCCUUCCCGAUAGUGAUCCAGUCAUUGCACCUAUUUGUAUAGAACAUUUGAUGCCUAACUUAAUAAACAUGUAUGGAUUCCAAGGUAACAACAACCCUUUGCUAAAAGAUAUCAUCAAACAGUCUAAUUAUGCUAAGCAGAGGCAACUAACCUCCAAUCAACAAAUCAAAGGGUUUAAGCUCUAUGGAAGCGGUACAAAUGCUUCCUUUGGCAACGGGGCAAACUUGGGGUCUAACGAACAAGGCGUCUUUAACAACAACAGCAAUAAAAGCAAGAACGGCUAUUUUACCUCCACCAACCCCAACUAUACAGCAACAGCAACAACAGGCAAUUCUCUGAACCCACAAGCCGCAUCUCCACAAGGUCCUUCUAAUACCAUAAUUGCGGCAAAUUUUGUUGAUUCAUAUAAAUCGUCGAAUGCGUAUCCCCAAGCUUUGGAUUUCACUUCAGAUUUAUCCCAUGAUGAGAACAGAAACGUUAAACCGCCUCAUUCAUACGCGACCAUGAUUACACAAGCCAUACUAUCAUCCCCGGAGGGAGUAAUUUCAUUAGCGGACAUUUAUAAGUAUAUUUCGUCCAAUUAUGCCUAUUACAGGUUUGCCAAAUCCGGCUGGCAAAAUUCGAUUAGACAUAAUUUGUCAUUGAACAAAGCAUUCGAAAAAGUUCCAAGGAGACCCAAUGAACCAGGUAAAGGUAUGAAAUGGAGAAUCAGUGAGUCUUAUCAACAAGAUUUUUUAAGUAAGUGGAAUACAGGAAAAGUGGGAAAAAUUAGGCGCGGAUCUUCCGUGGCAAGACAAUUACAGUUACAUAUGGCAAAGUUUAACACUUUGCCCAUGGAAAUGGAAAAUAGGUUAACGCCUAACAUGACAAAACCACCUAAACGCCAACUUCAAUCUCACAACGUCUUAGAAACAUCAAAUAAUAAUAUGAUAGAAGGGUUCGUGCCUCAUAUGCCACCACCACAGUCUCAACCACUUGUAUCGCACCAAUCUCACCAACAAACACAACAGCCAUCAUCACAACAACAACAACAGCAAGAAAUUCAAUUUACGUUCACGGAUGCACAAAAUCGAAAUAUAGCAUUAGCAAGACCUAUCAAGACGCCACAAUUACAAGCUCCCAAUUCAAAUUCCAAUACAAACUCAAAUAAAAAUAAUAUGACGGAAUAUAAAGAAUCACUUCACCCACCUGUAAUAUCAAUAUCACAAAUGAAUAGGCAAUCUCCAAAUAACGCUCUAGUUUCGUUCACCAAUGCAUGUGCUACUUCCAAAGUAAUAAACUACAUCAACGAUAGCGCCAACAAACCAGCUAACAAUAGCAACGAUAGAAAAAUGAAUCCACCUACGAUAACUACGUCUCCGCCAGAUGAGAACGGCAAUUCAGAGCCAACAACUGCCGCAUCCUCCGCGAAUUCUAACUUGGUGCCACAUGUAGGAACAACAACUUCUUCACUAGCAUCAAAUAACUUACAUCUUUCUCAACCCUAUGAUACACUAUUAAGGUCUCCUACUAAAGCAUUUCAUAUUACAGCGAUGGAAGCAUAUACGCCAGAAAGAGGCAGUGCUAAUAGGGCCAGGUCACCCCUUCAUAGUAAUAAUAGUACUACUAACAAUAAUAUUACAAAUAAUCUUAAUUCACAAACGAACGGAAUAGAAAACAAACCAACAGGCUUAACAUCGGAUUCUAACGUCUUGAAAAACAUGGAAUCAAACAAUGAUAAUAAACGGCUGACUCCAUCAACAGGGAAGUCGCAGAAUGUGAAAAGUUCGCCAGGUGUAUGGAAUUUACUACAAUUUAGCUCUGUAAACAACACACCGGCCACCAACAAUGGAAGCUAUAAGGGGGGGUUUUCCACAAAUCAAGACAUCAAGGUGAAUGGCAGCGAGAAUGCUCCUUUGGAGAAAGGUUCAGAUUCAAACUCAAAUGAUCUGGAAACAAAAGAUAUUAAUUCUUCACCAUUGAAAAACCAAGGUGACAGCUCCACUAAUGACAGAGAACUAAUAUUAGAUACGGACGGUGCAAAGAUCAGUAUUAUUAACAAUUAA